UAUCUCAUCUAUAUCAGUUCGAUUUGAAUGUCGAAUCUCAAUCAAUCAGAUCAGUUUCAUUUAAUUGCUAAUCGACUGUGAAAUUUGCCAUAAAAUUUGUUUUUAAAGACUGAAAUUCUGCUGCACAUUUCGAUUUCGUUGUGUUUCAACUUACACGCCACUCGAUUGCGAUCACGCGGAAUGUCUCCUAUUUAUUUUCGGUCCCUUUCAAACGAAGAAAAGCAAUCAUUUCUCGAUUCGUUUGAUACGGUAUUAACGGAUUGCGACGGUGUACUGUGGAACGAUAGCGGUGCAAUUAGCGGUGCAGCCGCGGUUUUAAAUAAUUUCACAAGUCGAGGCAAACGUGUAUGUUACGUAACGAAUAACAGCAGUAAAACCAGAAAGCAAUUCCUCGAUAAAUGCCAUAAGUUUGGAUUCACCGCUUCGGAAGAUGACGUAUGUAAUACGUCGUCGCUCGCUGCAGCCUACUUGAAGGAAACUCUCGCUCCUUCGCAGUCAGUUUACGUUGUGGGAAUGAAAUCGCUAGAAGAAGAGCUCAACAACGUCGGAAUUGCGAGUUUUGGCGCCGGGGCGGAAGAACAAUACGAAAAUAUUUUAGAAAACAUAGGUUCGUUACGCGUUAAAUUCGAGGAAAAUGUGGGCGCCGUAUUAGUCGGAUUCGACGAGCGUAUUAAUUACGUGAAAAUGCUAAAAGCUACUACUUAUUUGAAAAGAAACGAGUCUUGUCUGUUCGUCUGCACGAAUAAAGAUGAAACAUUCCCCACUAAAUAUGGUUUCACGAUGCCCGGAACAGGAGCCGUGGUAGCCGGCAUCGAAGUAGCCAGCGGCCGAACACCCUUUCUCGUCGGCAAGCCGAGUACUUAUCUCGCUCACUACGUUAUUUCCAAAUUCGACGCGGAUCCGAAACGAACCAUAUUCAUCGGAGACAGAUGCAACACCGAUAUACUGAUGGGCAAUAAAUGCGCUUUCAAAACGUUACUAGUGUUGAGUGGCGUUCAUUCGUUGGACGAUGUAAAAAAUUAUCAGUCUUCCGACCGAGAGGACCAUCAGCUCUCGGUUCCGCACUAUUAUACAGAUAGCGUCGCCGAUCUUCUCUCGUAAUUGCGAGACAAUUACAAAAUAUUCCUAUCGCUUGUACUAUUUUGUGUUAUUCGAUAAUUUGUACCGUUGUUACCGUAUUCGUAAUUUUACCUCUAUCGAGUAUUGAAUAAUAAACGUUUUCUCCGUA